CGGUGUCAUGGGUCACUCUGUGCAAAAUGGAGUUGUCUGAGUCAGUGCAGAGAGGGCUGAAGCUGCUCGCAGACCCGUGUGUGUUCGAGCCUCGUAGUUUCUCGGUGAUGUUGGACGUGUGUUUCCGGAGUGUGCUCGUGGCUCCCGGGGACGCCUCGGUGCUCGAUCACCCCGAGCUGAAAAACCUUGACCAGAUUUUAGUGAAACAGAGUCACACCGCCGUGGUCACGUUCAUACUGGAGUGUGUCAAACUAAACACGGAUAAGUCAACACUGAGCUCAUGUCUUGAAGAACUUUUAUUCAGUGCAGAGAGAAUAGAGAUCUUUCACAGUGUAUAUGAGAAGCAUAAAACAGACAUUACAAGGUUAUUAUCAUGUUUAGGAAGACGACUACCUGAGAUAAACGAUGUCUCAUGGCGUCUACAAUACCAGAUAAAGAGUGCGCAGGUUGAUAAAGUGGAUGAACCUUUCUACUUGAUAACUCUUAACACUGAGAAAGAAGCAGAAUCUUCUGAGGACGUGAACUUUUCAUGUACAGUGGAACAGCUACAGGAUUUGGUUGGAAAACUAAAAGACGCCGCAAAGAGCCUGGAGAGAGCGGGUCAGAUGUGACGUCUGAAGCCACGGACCAUUUUCACAGACUUUUGUUUGGACUUUUUGUAACGUGUAAAGUUUAGAUUGAUU